GCCGCUCGCCGCGCCGCGCCUCUGGCAGCCCGGCAGCAUGGCGGCGGUGGAGACCCGCGUCUGCGAGACGGCCGGCUGCAGCAGCGAGGCCAAAUUGCAGUGCCCGACCUGCCUCAAGCUGGGUAUUCAAGGUUCCUACUUCUGCUCUCAGGAAUGCUUUAAGGGAAGCUGGGCCACUCACAAGUUACUACACAAGAAAGCAAAAGAUGAAAAAGCUAAGCGAGAAGUUUCCUCCUGGACCCUAGAAGGUGACGUUAACACAAAUCCCUGGUCUGGUUAUCGAUAUACUGGUAAACUCAGGCCACACUAUCCACUGACACCAACGAGACCUGUCCCAAGUUACAUUCAGAGACCGGAUUAUGCUGAUCACCCACUAGGAAUGUCUGAAUCAGAACAGGCUUUAAAAGGAACCUCUCAAAUAAAAAUACUCUCAUCUGAAGAUAUAGAAGGGAUGCGAGUAGUGUGUAGGCUUGCUAGAGAAGUGUUGGAUGUUGCUGCCAUGAUGGUGAAAGCAGGUGUAACUACUGAAGAAAUUGAUCACGCUGUCCAUUUAGCCUGUAUUGCAAGAAAUUGCUACCCUUCCCCUCUGAAUUAUUAUAACUUCCCUAAGUCGUGUUGUACAUCAGUGAAUGAAGUGAUCUGUCAUGGAAUCCCUGACAGGAGGCCAUUGCAGGAGGGAGAUAUUGUUAAUGUGGAUAUUACUGUCUACCGUAAUGGCUACCAUGGAGAUCUGAACGAGACGUUCUAUGUUGGAGAGGUUGAUGAGGGUGCAAGGAGGCUUGUCCAAACAACUUAUGAGUGCCUAAUGCAAGCCAUCGAUGCAGUAAAACCUGGUGUUCGGUACAGAGAGCUGGGAAACAUCAUUCAGAAGCAUGCUCAAGCAAAUGGAUUUUCAGUGGUUCGCAGUUACUGUGGGCAUGGAAUCCAUAAACUUUUCCAUACAGCUCCUAACGUGCCACAUUAUGCCAAAAACAAAGCAGUUGGAGUAAUGAAGCCAGGUCAUGUAUUCACAAUUGAACCAAUGAUCUGUGAGGGUGGCUGGCAGGAUGAAACGUGGCCCGAUGGUUGGACGGCAGUGACAAGAGACGGGAAGCGAUCUGCCCAGUUUGAGCACACGCUGCUGGUCACCGAUACAGGCUGUGAGAUCUUGACCCGGCGGCUAGAUAGCAUUCGCCCCCACUUCAUGACUCAGUGAUAGUCAGGACUGAGCAGGUGUACCUGAAUUAUACUUUUAAAAGAUUUUUCUUCUUUUUUUUUUUGGUCUCUGUACUAUGCAUUUUUUUAAAGAGUACAGAAUAGAGAGAUUUCAAUCACUUGCUUUGUUCUCGGUGAUUGGUAGGUAAGAGGAAUACCUUGAAGAACCUGACCCAGUAUCUGGAAAAGCAGAGAGGGAUUUAAAGAAUUUCCUUCUACCUACAGCACUCAUACUGUGGUUUUCUUUUUCCUUCGGUUCUCUCUUUGGCACCUUUCUUUCAAUUAGACCCACAAUUGCUUCUGUUGCCGUGAUGGUAUUAGCUAGUAAAGUUUGGGUAACCUUUCCCACUGGGAUUUGGUAUUUUGGGAUCCUUUUUUUUUUUUCACUACUUCAGUGUGCCCUGUUGCUCUUGGUAUGUGAGUGGCACCUGAGAUUUUAAGCAUUUCUGGUUCCAAAGACUUGCUCUUGCUUCUGCAGAUCUGGUUCUAAUGGGCUGGGCCUUGUUUGUUUAUCAGUUGAGAAGGGGGCAGAAGGAAAAAGAUGUGCACGUUGCCAAGAAUAGGCUACCCUUGCCUUUAAUUCUGUCCUCUUCUCUCUGCUGCUGACCUCCAGUGGUGGUGACCAUAGGUGACACACUGUAUUAAUGGCAGGACUUGUUACUUUUGCUGGAGAUUUGAUAAUAUGGGCUUCCUACAGGGAAAAUUAGUAAUUUCUGUCUUAUAUACAGCUCCCUGGAAUGAGGUGCUUCUUGGUAAAGCAGUUUUGCAGGCAGUUUCCUGCUCCAGAAAGCUUGGUGAAGCUGGUGUAUCAGAAUUGCCCAGGUAAAGAAAUGAAACAAGAACCAAAAAGAUGUCAUGAUUCAUGGGGUCCCUGCAUGUGUUAACUGUGGGACAUUUUUUAAAGGUACAUCCACAGUACCUGUAUGGGGGUUUGGAUUUGCAAUACAAAUAGAAAUAAGUAUGUAUCUCAAAACAAGUUGGAGAAUGACAGAACACCUUCAAUGCUGUCUGUAAUUGUUUUCUUUUGGUCAUUUUUACACAGCUAAUUUCCCCCUGCCCCCAUCAGCUAAGUGAGUUUCAUGCUUUGGAAAAGUCGUAGAGGGGUAGGUUUGAGAACUGAUCUUUCUUCCUCAGACUGGGUGUAGAGUGGGCAGAAUUAGCAUAUAUACCUAUUUUCUGUUAAUGGGUCACAAGUUGGAAACUAUCACCUUAAGGAGUGUGGAUUGACUGAGCCUCUCUUCACACUGCCCUUUCUUUUCCUGUGCUCACUUCCUUUCUAUAGUCCUUGGUGUCUCCGCUGAGGGAAUUUAUUUUUUCUUCUGAACUGUAGUGAAAAAAUUUCAGACUCCAGUGCAGACUUAGUCUUACAUCACUGUAAUGCAAGAAACAGUUAAACCAAUGCAGACAUCAAAUCAUAACAAUCAUGGGCAUCAAACACACCUUAUACAAGGUGUCUGGUGAAUUUGUUGCCACCCAAGCAUACAAAGUACUGCAUACCCUUGACUCCCCUUGGCACUGCAGAAUUUAGGUGGGAGAAAGGGGUUAGUGCUUCACAGCACUGGACUCAUGUACUACCAAAUACCAAAUUUGCCAGCAAAUGUCUUCUGUGCCCUGAGUGCCUCAAACCUCUCUAUUGCUCAGAGUAUUAUUGCAAUGCUUUUCAUUUUUUUUAAUUAUGCAGUAAGGUGACCUGAAACAGGCAUAGAGAAGUGUGUGUGCACAUGUGUAUGUGUGGGUAGAUUUUAACAAACCAGACUGUAGUGCUGGGGUGGAGUUGCCUGUGCUGAAUGAGAUGUAAUGUAUCAAGAUGACUGCCCUGGAGGUUUGCCCACCAUAUCAUUCACUUGAAUGGUUACAGUGGUCUUGCCUUUUCUCUAUGUGUGUGUAUGACUGGGGAGAGGGCUUCAGUUUUGGUCUACGAAAUAAAAGUUGCAGCUGCUUUUAACAGAA